AUAACCUCCGAAUCAGAAAUACAUAGAAGAAAAUAAUUAUCCAUUAAGUAUCGUAUUACCAAACGAUAGUAUACCAUGAUUUGUCGUUCACUAUGACAACUAAUACAGAAAAAGAUUCCGCAAUUUAUUUAUAAAUAAACAACACUACCACAAACAAUUUUCACAAUAAAAAUAACUUGAUCAACUUUACAAUAAAAACAAAUGGAAAGCAAAAAGAUGGCAAUGUUCAUGGUAAUAGUGACGCUAGUGGGAAGCCUUCUGGACAAGACAAAUGCUCAAUCUAGUCAUUUUAGUGUUUGUUACUCAGAUUGUCUUGUGGUGUGUAAAUCUCAUACUACAUUUCCAAAAUCUGUUUUGUGUCCAUUCACGUGUCUCAUGACAUGUCUUGUUCCUACUUUACCAUCUCCUUCUCCUUCUCCUUCAUCUGAUACUGUUCCAACAAACAAAAUCGAUAAUACGGAAUACUUCUGCAAACUCGGUUGUGCCACUCAUCAUUGUGUGUCUCUUUCUUUCUUCCAAAAUCCGAAUGCGGAGAACGUUGCAAACUGUGUGGAUUCAUGCUCAUACAAGUGCUCUUAGGAGAAAAGAAGCGAAAUCUAUUAUUAUCAUUGUUGUUUAACGAAACGAGUUAUUUAUUUAUAUUGAUGCUAUAUAAAAAUCAAACAACUUUUCCUUUUAACAAAGCAACUGAAUAAUUAUUUCUUGGUUUGAUGUUUUUUCUUCAGUUACGAACAAAUAAGUGAAUAAAAACUGUAAACACAAAAUUAUAUUUAGUUGCAAAAUUAUCUUUGUUAUCUAUUAAGAGUGAUCUCAUAGAGGCCUCGCGUUCGGAUACCCGUUCGGAUUUGAAUAUGAUAUUUUAGAUUUUCGGGCAUUUCGGUAUAGGGGUCCAGAACUCGUUCAGAUACUUUUACAUAUCGAGUCGGGUUGAGAUAUUUUUUGUUCGGUUUGGAUAUUUCAGAUCAGGUUUGCAUCUUUUAAUUUUAAAAAAUCAAAUUCCUCAUUACUCAAGUUUUUUCUACUUAAAAUUUUACAAUUAACUUAACUGAUUUAAAAAAAUUUAAUAGGUUUGAACGAUUAAUAGGUUUGAAAGCAAAAGUUUAAAAAUAGAAAAACACUAAUCUAGUUUUUUUU